AGAAAAACUUAAUAUAUCAGACCCCACCCCUCCAUUGCUCAUCACAUAUAAAAACAAGUGCUUCAUGAACAUCUUCUGAACUCCCCAAACAAACAAUUCCAAAACAUUCUUCCUGUUCAACUGAUUUUCCUCUGAGCCGCAGUGAUGGCAGACCCCGAGUGCUACGACACUUAUGAAACACUGUCACGAAAGAAGAGUAACAGUAAGAGGAGGUUCACUGAUGAUCAAAUAAAAUCACUGGAAACCAUAUUCGAGUGUGACACCAAACUUGAACCAAGAAAAAAGUUGCAGGUUGCAAAAGAACUUGGGUUGCAUCCGCGACAGGUUGCAAUAUGGUUUCAGAAUAAGAGAGCUCGAUACAAGUCGAAGCAGCUGGAGAAAGAGUACAGUGUGUUGCAGGCUAAAUACGACAAUCUUGCUACUCAGUUUGACAUACUGAAAAAAGAGAAGCAAUCUUUAGUCUUGCAGUUCCAGAAGCUACAUGAUAUGGUAGGAAAAUCGGGAGAGGAGAGACAAGAGAUGUACAAAAAUAUUUCCAUUGGCAAGUCAGAUGACGACGAUGACAACGAGUGCCAGAUGCAGCCUGACUUGUUAUCCUGUGGAUCAGAACAUGGCCUAGGACUCCUUUCAGAUGAUUAUAACAUUAUGAAGGCAGAGUAUUUUAAGUUGGAUGAGGAGGAAACUGAACGUCUCAACAUGGUGGAAGUGGACCUUGGAGACGGUUCGUUGACAUCAACUGAAGAUUGGGAAAAUCUUGAAUCCAGUGUUAUCUUUGAUCAGCCUAGUAGUAGUGACUCUCAGUGGUGGGAUUUCUGGGCCUAAACAAAUAAAUUAGAGGAUGCUAGAGCUCACAAAACCAGUCCCAAUCUAGUUCCCAAAUGCCUAGGUGAAAUUUUUUAGAGGGGUGCUCCUGUACUUAUAUAUGAGAAAGGGAACUAAUUAAAAAUUGUCGUGUGGUUUCUGGGAACCAAUUCAGUAUUCAUUUUGGAACAUCCAGCCUUACUUUGCUAGCACAGUUAGAAAAAAAAAAAAAAAAAAAAAAGAAGCAAAAAAACAGCGUGAACUGUAGAAGAAAUGUAUGGAAAUAAUCUUCUCAGUAUUGCACGGUAGCAUGUUUUGGUCUAUUGGAAGAUGCACUAUAUUCUGUACUGAUA